GCGUGUUGAUUUCUUGUAGAUCGCAAUGAAUUGAUACCCUGGACAAUUUGACUAGUCUUGUUUAAUUUUUUUUUCAUGAUUGCCCAGUAGUUUUUGAUAGAUUGAAAUUGGGGACAAUUCGGAGGAUUCAUCUCGCGGGGUAUGUAAUUGGCCUGAUUAUUAGCAUAUCAUACUUACCAAAACUUUUUUUGAGUAGUGGUAGCUGGCUAAAUCUGGCCAACAUUUCACCGGACCGCAAUUAUAAAUUCCUUCCCAUAUCGUAUGUUUUUAUGCGAAGUUGUCAAGUUUCACGAACUUACAUUUUUCGGGUAGGUACAUUACCUCUAUAAUUCGCCAUAUAAAACUUCGAACCGAGUAGUUGAUUAAAAUCGACUUUUACAGUCUUGUCGUCCAAUACCUUCGAAUUUUGUCAAUACUGGGUCGUAUAAUAGUCGAACUAGUGUUUUAGCGUGUCGGAUCUGUUUAGCAGUCCGAUUCGGCUGUUUUAUUGCUCGAUAGCCCUUAUAGCCCUUGGGACUUUUUCUCCAAAAUCAUGUUAUUUGUCCCUGACCUCUGAUUAGUUUGUAUUUUCCUGUCGGCUGAGAGAGUCUCCUUGUAACGUUUUAUGACCCUACAAAUACUAGCUUUUAGCAUCUUAAGCGACUUAGCUGUCUUCGUCCGGGAUCGAUAAGAAUUUUCGAAGUAUUUGUGCACGAUCAAUCUCCUUUUCUCAAUUUUCAUGGCCAAAAACUUUAAAAUAUAGCGUUCGAAAAUCAUCUAUCUCUUUCAUAACCAAUGGCACUGUCUCAGGCCUAUUUGUUAUACAUAGUAGGUAUAGCUGUGUCCCUACUUAAAUACCUACGUAAGUAAAACUUACAAGUGUAUUUUUGCCCGAUGUCAGGCCCGAGCAAGUGUAUGUUUCCGUUUCACCAAAUAUCAGUACAUCUUCUACAAUAUUUGACAAGUAAAAAAUACUUUGUCUCAAAUUACCAAAAAUGUUCAAUACUUGUUUUUUUUUUCUACUUUUGGACUUGAGGGCGGUAUUGCCCGUAGCAUGUAGCCAACAUCAAGUAAAAGGGUGGAAAAUUAAACGCGGAAAGGAAAAAAGGAUAUUCGGAAUUUAGAAAAAGUAUUUUUGCAAUCAAUGUUUGAUGGUUUCGUUCCAAAAUUAUGUCCGACGUUACGAUAAAAUGCAGGUGCGGGCAAAAUACCAAUUUGUGAAGUUUGGAGGCUUUUUUAUUUAUAUAGAUAAAUAAAUUUAAAAUUGGUGAUUACCUAAAUUGGAGAUUGACGCCAAUUUCUUUUCUAAUCAAAUCGGUCGAUUUGAUCAUCCCGUCUGGUCUGUAAUGUCUGGAGUGCAAUAUUGUUCCGUUUUGACACAUUAUGUAGAAUUACCUCCAUGAAUUUAAAUAUUUUUGGUAAAUAACAAAAUUAAACAAUAAGUAUUAAAACUUGUGCAAGUUUCUUUCACCUGUUAUGGAACGAUCCCUUGAUACGAACACCAAGGGGAAUACCCCACGAAGUGAAUUUACAACAAGGACCUUUAACUCAAACUGGAUGUGCCGUGCAAUGGCGUUAUUCAUAAAUAUCUGUGAAAUCUUAAAAGCCAUAGAUAAUCGUUUGAAGCUACUUUCAAGAGCAUCAACUCACAGAAAGAUAUGCAAACCGGUGUUUAGAAGUCUACCAAUCUGAUUGGUUGACUUCUAAACACGGCGCGAUAUAGACCUUAAAUGACGUCAUUUAAGGCCUACAUCGCGCCUCAAUAGAAUUACUUAAACGUGACAUCUAGCUUGAAAUAAGGUCCUUGUUUUACGUGUAGGGUUUAGCCCAAGAGGCUGCAUACAUCUAUCUCAUUGGCAGAUUGGUUCGGAUUCCAGAAGCCCGCCGUUCUAUAGAGGAUCUCAACUUGGCUAGUACGAUCGGGCAUACAAGUACCUACAGAUCUGCUAGAGAAAUAAAACGUAUUACAAGAAAAAAGAAAAAUGUUUAACCGCAAUCGCAAUCGCAAGUUAUUUUGCUUUGACGAGAUCGAAGAUGCACUCGAUGAGAUCCGUGGCGAACGAAACCGCGACGCCCGAAGUAGAGGCAAUGCCAACCUUAACUUUAAACCUAACUAUCAGGCGGGACAAAGCAACGCAGACAGGGCAAUCAACGCCAUGAUAGAAAUCCGAAGCCUAUGGGACUAUGUCUCAGAAGAAGCAAAGAAAAAUUACUCCAAUAUGUAUUCAAUGUUGUCAGUUCCCUUAAGCGACAAGUUGGUGCUUGAAUGUCAAAGACAUAAAGAAAAGUAUGCGGUGUAUGAUAGAAUAUCACGAAAGUGGUUAAUAAAAAAAAAAGAACCAGAAUACGAAUAUUGUUAUGAUGGAGAAGAUUUUAUAGAAUUCAUAUUCGCUGUUAAGUCAGUCAGGCCUACUAAGAGGUUCUUAUUAGUGGGGAAAUAUACGGUUUUAAGGCAGGAGCCAAACUUAUUGAGGAUGACGAGACUUGCUCCAUCAAUGUUCGGUGCGUUUACAUUGCCAGCUCUGAAGCUUAUAGUGGGAGUUCCCGGCUGCGGGAAGACAACGCAUAUCAUUAAAAAUCAUCGACCCGGUAGCCUGGUGCUGACGUCUUGCGCUGAGGGCGCCGAGGAUAUCCGUGCCCGCAUGGCAGUCUUGAGACAUUCCGCAGACCCAGACGAUUUCAGGGGCUCAUACAGAACCAUCGAUUCCUAUUUACUGCACAGCCGUGACAGUUACGGCACCGUAUGGAUGGACGAGGCGCUCAUGGAACACCCCGGCAAGCUGUUCUUAGUGUGCUUAUUCAGCCGCUGCCACACCAUGUACAUGCUGGGUGACCCGAAUCAGCUCGGAUACAUUAACAGACUAGACUCGGUUAACCUGCUGUAUGAUAAAUCAUCAACCUUUUUUAAAGGCACGGACACGUUGAACAUUUCGUACAGAUGCCCCGUGGACGUGAUGGCUGUCUUGUCUAGCAAGUACGAGGGCGGAGCGUAUUCCACGUCGGAGAUCUCGCGAAGUAUGAAGUGCGAAAAGUUCAUUGGGCUCGAAUGUGUGCCUAAAUCGAAGAAAAUCAAAUAUCUUGUGUUUAAACAGGCCGAGAAGCAGAAAAUGAAGAAAGAGAAAUACAAUGUGUCCACCAUACACGAGUUUCAGGGCAAGGAGGCGGAGCAUGUGGUGAUAGUGAGGAUGUCUCGUAAUGUGGAGGAGUCGUUGUACAAGUCGGCUCCGCACAUGCUGGUGGGUAUAUCGCGGCACAAGAAGUCCCUCGUGUAUUACACGCCGGUGGCAGAUGACUUGAAAAAGCUUAUAGAGACGCCGCUGACGCUCAACGAUCUUAAUAGAAUUAAAAAAGUUGCAAAAUAAAGCAACACGCGUCCAGUAUUUUCAGCACUAUAUUAUCAUCUUUUCAAUUAUGCCCAUAAAAUAUAUUCUUAUAAAAAAAUCGAAUUUAAACUUUAAUUAAUUACUAGUAAUGUUAAAAAUCAUUUAAAUGAGAACUAAAUUGUACACCGAGCGUAGUUGUUAUUCUAUUAAAUAAGUACAUUUUUAUUGAACCAAUUUAGUCUUUUCGAUUUCUUUGCCUUUCAUACAUCCUUUUUGCACAUUAUUUUAUUAUGUAGAGUGAAUGCUGUCAUCUACUUUUACAGUCCUUAAAUAUAACCUACCUUUUAUUGACUUUUUUCAUCCUCACUAUGCUUUUUGAAAAAUAUAAUGUAUAUUUAUGUAGUCAGUCCAAGCUAACUUUGGAAGCGACAGAGAUUGAACCUACCAUGAUAAACUUGGAAUUCCUAGGGAAAUAUGACGGUAAUAGCGACGUUCCAAGCUUUUCUACUGCAAGGCGGUACCGAGUUAGCUAACCGGACCCUGUGGUUUUGUAGUUUUUUCCCGAAGUCUAAAUACUGUAACGUUACAGAUAUCAUGAGCCAGGUAUCGUUG